AAUACAUUUCUAUGCAUCUUAAAACUUUAUGUUUCGAACUGUUAAAAUUACUUAAAAGAUUUUUAAUGAAGAUGGUAUUGUUUUAUAGAUAGUUGAUCAUACCUACCGCAUACUUAAUGUUAAUGCAAAGUUCCCGGGAUCAACACAUGAUUCCCACAUUUGGAAAAUGUCAUUAAUUAGAAACCAUUUAAGUAAUACAUAUAGGCAUGAUCAUGAAUGGCUUUUAGGUGAUAGUGGUUAUCCAUUAGAACCUUGGUUACUAACACCUUUCAGUAACCCAGAAGAUGGAAGUCUAGAAAGCAGAUUUAAUAAUAAGCUCACUUCGGCUAGAUCGAUUGUAGAACGAGCUAUUGGUAUGCUGAAAGGUCGCUGGAGAUGCCUUUGCAAACAAAGAAUGUUGCACUAUAAACCAACAACUGCAAGUAAAAUUAUUAAUGCCUGCUCAGUUCUCCACAAUAUUUGUAUUGACAAUUUUGAUGCCAAUAGUGAAGAUGAAGAAUAUUAUGAACCUUAUGAUGCUAAUGACCAAGUACAGUUUCCAGCAGGAAAUGCUCUUCACACAGAGGGUAAUAAUAAUCGAUCAGAAAUUAUGGAUUAUAUUCAGCGUAAUCAAUAA